UCAUCAGAAGGUUUAAAAUUUCUUGCUUAACUCCGAUGUCAGGCUCAGAGAAACGCCGCGAAUUAUGCACGAAGGAAGGUGAGUGCAGAUGGGGCUGGGAGUGUGAUGAUGGUGCCUGUAUUGACUCCAGCAACAACCGGUGCGAUAGCGUUCAGGAUUGUCCGGAUAACUCCGACGAGGUCGGCUGUGGUCAGGAGGGAUGCAAUGGGUUUACGCACUACUGCAACUCGUCCGAGAGCUGCGUGCGGAUGGAGACACAGUGCUCUGAUGGUAAAUGUGCGGAUGAAUGGUUGCCCUGUAAGAACAGCGCCAAGUGCAUUCCGAAGUGGAGGCGAUGUAACGGUGUGAAGGACUGCGAAGACAAUUCAGACGAGACGGAAUGUGAUAUUUCUGAAUGUGACGGGUCGCGCUUGUCAAGACUAGGAUAUUGUAACGAGACAAGAGAAUGCCGAUUCCUAGUCAGGAGGUGCUCCGAUGGUUCCUGCCCCGGGGGUCGCCUUUCAUGCACCAACGGGAAGAUUUGUUACGAUCCGAAAUCUCGCUGCAAUGGGUGGCCUGAUUGCUUCGACUUGGCCGACGAAAAAGGGUGUGACCCCAGCGAAUGUGACUUGGGAGAAAGACAGUACUGCCAUGCCACCAAGAAAUGUCUUCCACCAAUGAGAGUGUGUGAUGGAGACAAAGACUGCCCCACUGGGACCGACGAAAUAGGCUGCGGACCGAAUGACUGCCGCGGAUUUGCCCGGUACUGUAACUCAACUGAAACAUGCAGCGAUGGACGAAGAAAAUGCUCGGAUGGUACAUGCGCAGAUGUUAGUAGGUUCCCAUGUAAAACGGAGGAUUACUGCCUGCCUUCCUACAAAAGAUGCAACGGCCAUAGUAAUUGUGCUGACGGGUCGGAUGAGCUGGAUUGCGCUCCGGAGGACUGCCAGUUCCCGGACUUAAGACACUGCCCGUCUUCAAACACCUGCCGGAUGAAGGACCGGAAGUGCGACGACGGAACGUGUGAGGACGACAAAUGGCCAUGCGCAGGAGAAGAUAAAUGCAUUCUCAGGAGCCGGCGCUGUGACGGCUGGAGAGACUGCGACAACGGCUCUGAUGAGUUGAACUGUACGGCAGCAGACUGUGGGGACGAUAGAUACUUCUGUGCUCCUACGGGAAAAUGCUCCUCUAAGAGUUCUUACUGGUGCAAUGGACGAAUUGACUGUCAAGAUAAGUCGGAUGAGACGAACUGUGGGCCGCGGGACUGCAAUAUACACACCCGGUACUGCGCAAGCCAGAAAAGUCGAAAGUGCGUGAGCAACGUCAGGCAGUGCGCAGACAAGACGUGCGCAGCUUCCUGGUUUGCUUGUCCCAGUGGAAAGAAAUGCAUCCCCAAUUAUAAACGGUGCGAUGGGAAACCGGACUGUGGACGGUCAAGAAGGCAUGGCAAUGCAGACGAAAAGGGGUGUUCACCGGAAGACUGUCAAGUUGGCGCCCGCUUCUGUAACUCCACACUGACUUGCGAGGACAAAGAGACCAAGUGCUCGGACGGCACGUGCGCUGAAGACUACUUCGCAUGUAAACUAUCCAGCAAAUGUAUUAACACGGCUUUCCGGUGUAACGGCAACCCUGACUGCAGGGCCGGGGACGACGAGGAAGGCUGCAGGCCCGAGGACUGUCGGAGCCUCGCCUGGGAGAUGCGGUUCUGUAACGACACCGAGACUUGCAUCCGGAAGGAUCAGAAAUGUGCGGAUGGAAGCUGUGUACUGGCUAAGUCCACUGUCGGCGGAGUAAGAAACUCUAAGAUGUGUCUACUAAUUCAUAUGAAGCACCUUGCCGUCCUUUCGUAUUUCGUGAUGACGCUGGCUGUUUCCGACGUCCUUUCUAAAGGGAAGGUAGACCAGAAGAAACCGAGAAUAUAUGAAUAUUGUUCCUUUGACGGAAAACCAAACGUAUCAGAAGCAUUAAGCUCCUACACCAUGCACCCUCUUCUGACGCCCAGUCUGUUCCCCAAAGUUCCACCCACGAUCAACUUCGUGGCCAUAGGACAGCAAGUGGAGCCACCGCAUGAGAAAAUUGCGAAGUAUCUGAAAUGGUAUUCGCUAGACACAGGCGGCACAAACAUGCUUGUGAAGGAAUGCUUGGAACGGUCGUGGUUUGAAAAUACUUACGAUUCAAAUGAAUGGCUGGGGCACCACGCACAAAUGUUCCUCUUAACGGAGACAAUCAGCAUAAUGAAGAAUCUAAGGCCACACCAAAAGUGCGGCGUGAUACCAAACAGAGGACAAUAUUAUCGAAAAGACUUUUUAGCUUUGAACAUUAGGCGUCUGAGGGAAACACACGGCGACAAAGAAUUCAAUAUCACACCCGAGACGUUUAUUUUGCCCUUUGAGAAGGCGCAAUUGAAAGCCGCUUGGAACAAGAGCAGUGAAGAACCAAAGUGGAUUGUCAAACCGGCAUUCUCUUGUUGUGGAAGAAAUGUUGAAGUGGUUCAUCAGUGGGAGCAAUUGGACGUAUCCCCGAGUCCACCAACGGUUGUCCAGAGAUACAUCGAUAGACCUUAUCUGCUGGAUGGCAAGAAAAACGACCUGAGGCUUUUCGUGUUCAUAGCUUGUUUAGACCCUCUUCGAUUUUACAUAUUGGACAAAGGUUUAGUCAAAUUGGCAACUGUCAGAUACUCGAACGACGUGGACAGUUUGAACAACAAAUUCGUGCACUUGACCAAUCGAGCGAUAAAUAAGCACCACGAUUCCUUUAUCACAUACAAAACUUUACGUGGAGGAUUUUUAUGGUCGUUAGAGCCUCUUUGGGAGCAUAUACAGGAAAAGGGUGGAAACCCGCGAGAGGUGUGGGAGAACAUUAAGGAUGUCGUGCGAAAGACCAUAAUAAGCGGUGAGAAAACCACGAACAUGAUAUUGAAAUCUUCUGUAAAGUCCAGGACAGCGGUGCAUGAGGUUUACGGAUUUGACAUUAUGUUGGAUGACGAUUUGAGGCCUUGGAUUUUGGAGGUCAACAACCAGAUAGGCCUCUACCGCCAUUCGGAAAAUGUUGACGGGGUAGUUGUGAAAGACAUGCUUAAUAUAGCGGGAUUCCAGAUACCGGGAGAUGCACACAUUGGGACCAAUGGAGAAUCGAAACAAGACAGAAGGAACUUUGAAUUUGAUGACGUGAAAAUGGACAUGCGGCUUCACACAUAUGUUUUGUCCCCAGAUGAGAACGAGAAACAUGCAUACUACUGCAAAUACGCAAAUAAUUUGACAAUCCAGAGCACCAUAUUGGAUGUUCUUACCCCAGAUGACGUCAGAGUUCUCGUAGAAACAAUAGACGAGCAGAAUAGGAGAGGAGAUUAUGAAAUACUGUUCCCUUCCGAGUCUGAUAAAUACAUUCAGUUCUUAGAGAUACCAAGAUACUACAAUCUCUUAUUACACCAGUGGACCAAGCGUUAUAAAAACAGAGAAUGGCAAGGAGUUCAGUUAUUACAGGCACUCUGUCAGAAAUCUAUUCAUCUGCAAAACCCAACAAGCGAUCCAAAACACAAGUGGACAAAUCCAGAACGCUGACGCGAACGAGUUGAAAAGAAGAUUUUGGCAAACAAAGAUCAACAUGUAUCAAUUUGAAGGUUAUUGCUA